AUGAAUUUCUUUAGAACUGUCAAAAAUGUACAAUUACAACAACUAUCACAAACAAAUGAAUAUGAAAUUUGUUUAUAUGACAUGAGAACAUCAAAUAAAUUCAUUGAGGAUAAAUCAAAGAAGAAAAUAAACAUUUAUAUUCAUGGUAAACCUUCUUCAUUUCCUUUUGACAACAUUUAUUCCACUAAUGAAAUAUCAGUCUCUUCACCAUUUAAAUUUAUUCAUUCAGAACAUUAUGAAACUCCUUCAUUUUAUGGAAGAAGAGUUAGAACGUGUUUUGUUAAAAUAAUACUACAAUUAUCUUUGCCAUUAACUAUUAUUAUUAUUUCAUUAAAUAAUAUAUUUGGAAAACAAUUGGUAAGUGAUAUUGAUGAUGUUGUUCUCUCUCCAGAAUUACUUCUUCAAUAUUAUCUUCAUAUCAUUUUCCCAAUAAAAACAUUAGACUCUUCUACUAUUAUUUGUGGUGAUUUUCUUGAUGAUUUAAUAUAUAAACCAUUGUUACUUCAUUCUAAUUCUCUUCAUACUGAAGUAGACUUAAUUCAAUGUAAAGAUGAAGAGCUGGAGCAGGAAAUAAGUAAGAUUGGUGAUAAUAAUGACAUUAGACUGCUUGUAUCAUUAUCUAAGAUCAAAUCAAGAGUGGGUAGUCUUGCUCGUAGUGAGUUAGUUGCUUUAGCAUUAUCAAAAGAGUUAUUAGAGUCAGUCAAUCAUUGUUCACAAAAUAAACUCUAUAAAAUGUACUUGUCUCAAUGGUUUUCUUUAAUGACACUGUUAUCUUCAAUUGCUAAUGCUUCUAAGUCAAGUGUUGGGGUCUUGAAUUUUAUUAAACGAUAUACUGAUGCCAUCAAGAAAAUAACUCCAGAGAAAAUUAAAGGAGGUCUUGUUUUCUUUCAUUUAUUUCGUUCAUUCAUGAAACAUACAAGACUAACACUACAACCUUCAACUCAAAUUAAAAUCAUUCAAGGUACACUUAAUCAUCAAUUAAACACAAACGAUAUUGAUUGGAUUAACUCUCCUUUUCCUUCAUUAUUUUCAUUUGAAAUUAAUGAUUUUAUUUCACCAUCUUUUGGCAUUUUAAUGAAUUAUUUUUAUGCUCUUUCUCCUGAAAUUCAAUUCAAAGUUGGUUUACAUUCAACUCACUUACAUGUGUUUUACACUAACUAUUUAAAUGAGCAAAGUAACAUAUCAUCAAGUGAAAUUAAAUGCAUUAAUAUUUCUCAUCUUAACAAUGUAUUACAACUAAGGUUCAUUUUAUUUAAACAUUAA